GAUCAUUAGAUUUUGAAAUGUGAGUCAUUCGUUUCAUCAUGGCGACCAACGUGGAAGUGACCGACUCGGUGAUUAGUGGCAACCAUCAAACAAAUUCAGUCAAUAUAAAUGGCAAAGAUAUCAAGAAAGAUAGGAUUCCUGCAGGGCUUGUCAGGCGGCAUGAGGAAAGGUUAGCGAGAGUAGAGAAGAUGAAAGAGCAGCGUGAAAACGAAAAGGUGGUGCAGGAGAGUGCCGACUAUUUUGCAAAGACAUUCAAUGCACAGAGGUCGAGCAUUGAGGAGCGGUUGGCAACUGCGAAUAAUGUUGCGAAAUCUAAUCUGCGAGAUUUCUUUGACGACAUCACAGAAGUGGCUCAGAAAUUGCAAAAAUAUGCAACAGACAUGACCCAGUUUCUACCCUCGCAUGACAUUCAAAGUGCUCAAAAUAAUUUAACAAAGUUAUUCGAUAGCAUCAAUGAGAAGCGAGACGAGUUGUUGCCAAAGAAGAAAUUUGCUUUCAAAGUGAGGAAGAGAGGAGAUGGGGAAGCAAACAAGCAACAGCAGGCACAGAAGAUUGGUCUGGAUGUUGUAGAUGCACCUCAGCCAUCCAAAAUCAUUACAGAAAAUGCUGCUGGGUUCGUAAAUAGGACAUCAGAGAAUUUAUCAUUGUCUGCGGAGGAGAUUUAUCUGAAAGAUGUUAGUCUCAGUAACCUGUCUUCAUGCACGGUCAAGUUGCCUGGAUCUCCAAGUGCACUUCACAUCAGCAACCUCUCAGAUUGCAAAAUCUUCUGUGGGCCGAUCCCUGGGUCGGUGUUUGCUGACAAGUGCAUCGAUAGCACCCUCGUCCUUGCAUGUCAGCAGCUGAGGGUCCACAACUCCAAAGACGCCAAGUUCUACCUGCAUGUGACGAGUCGAGCCAUCAUCGAGGAUACCACCAGUGUUCUCUAUGCUCCUUACAACUGGAACUAUGAUACCUUGGAGAAGGACUAUGAGGAGAGUGGUCUGGACAGGAGCAAGAAUGCAUGGGAUGACAUUGAUGAUUUCAACUGGUUGGCUCAUGAUAAACACUCGCCUAAUUGGGGACUGUUACCGGAAGAUGAAAGAGUCCAAGAAUGGGAUUAAGAUUUUAAAUUGUAUCAUACUACAUGUAGAUGCACAUAUCGUAAUUUGCAAUAUGAUGAUCAAAAUGUUCCCAGAUGUUUCAUAUUUAAAUAGUUUCAUUAUUUACAGUUUUCUAUUAAUCUCAUAUACAUUUAUUUGAUCAAAAUAUCAGUUUAUGACAUAAAAUAAACGAGGAGUCUCUUUGACCCUUAUUUCAUUGUAAAGAGAGUUUCAUAAUUUAUAAGUUCACUUUAUAUAAAUAUAUAUAGAGUCUAUAUAUAUAUAUAUAUAUAUUGUACCUUGUUUUAUGAUUCUGUUGUGUUCAUUUUUGUUGUUUUGCUGUGUUCUAUUUUAUAAAGAAACUUUGCCUUUUCAUUGGACUAGUAUGAAAAUUAAAAACUAUCCACAAAACUGUUCUGUAAAGGUUUCCCUUUGUUGGCCGCUUUUUGUUGUUGACAAUCAUAAUGAAGUAAACUUCAAGAGGAAAGUUUUAACUUAAAAUUCUUUGUUUAUUUGAUAUAUUAGGUAUGAAAUAUCUGAAGGUGUGAAUGUCACUUUCAUCAAUAUGUGAUGAUACACUACUGUCACAGUCACUGCAUGUAUAUGUAUGUACUUCUCCGAUAUGAUUUUUUUUAAAGGAUUUUUCCUUCAAUAAUGAAUUAUAAAGCUACAUCUAGUGAGAGCUUGGAAUGUUGCAUACAAGUAAAUAGAUCUUGCUACCUAUUCCCCCAAUGCCUGUGAAAAUAAUAUUGCCUCUAAAAAUGUCAUUCUUUACUGGUCGUCUUGUCUAUUUCGGCAUGGCAUCAUAUAUUUGCUUUUUGUUGUUUCUAUUACUUCUUUAACAAAGUUAUUUACUGUUUGAUAAACAAUCCAAUACAGAGUGAUUCUGAGCCUGUUUUUUUUCUUCUUCAAAAUACAUUUCCAUGAAGAAAAAAAAAUCCAAAUUACAUGUCCUUGUUGGUGUAAAUCAGGUGAUGAUAAGUUGGAUUAGGUACCUCUUUUCAUGGAAUUACUCGAUAUUGAUCGGUAAUUUUUGCGGUCCAAUUUGUCAUGUUUGAAUUACCUCCUCCUUUUCAAGGAAAAAUCUGUAACCAGUACCUGUUUCCUCAUUUAUUAAACACCUUCAGUGUUUCUCUUACCUGCACAUGAUUAACAAUAAAAAAGAGUUUUGUGUUGAAAAGAUAGAGAGAGAAGAAAACAAUUCCCAUGGAUAGUGUACAGCUAAUUUCAUUCAACAUUGUGUUAAUUUAUUGCAAACCCUUUGUUGUUACAUUCAUGUUUAGAGUCAUUCUUGUAUAGUAGAAGUAACAUUAUAUAUUAUAUAUUCUGAUUGCAUCGCAUGACUCGCUAAUAAAUUUAGUUUAUUUUGAGUUGAUGUAUUAUAUCACACAUCCGGAUUUACACUGAUUGUAUCUAUUAAAUCUAUAGAUAUUCAUGUUGAAAUUAAGUUUUAACAGUGGGUCCUAACAUACUUAAAUGUACCAUUUGGCAUUUUAAUAAAUCCAGUACUGAGAAUCGUUCAAUAAAAGUAUUCAGUUCCAGUUCAUUGUGACAUGAUACCCAAGUCAAGAUAUUACUGUGCAGUAUGAAUGACUGGGAUGAAAUCAUUAAAUGAAUAAUGAUUAUUCCUAUACAUGUAGUUCAAGAUCAGUUAUCACAUGUUAUGAUUAUACAUUCAGGUUUGAGCCAGAGCAGAUAUGUGUAUGAAUGAUAAAGAUUUGAAUAAAUUGAUGUGUAGUUGACAAUAUACUGAA